AUGGCCUGUUCCACUGGAGCAACAUCCAUGCAGGCAACAAGAAAAGAAAAAAAAACACAGUGGUGUGAUGUGCGGUCCUUUUUUGGGACGGCCGUGGGACGCCGGAACACCGCCAGAGUAUACACUUCCCCACUCCCAAGGUCCACCCUAGCUGGUGCAACAACCAAACUAAUAAUCCACAGACACACCAGCACGCCAGCAACGCAACGAGGCAGCUUCCGUUUCAGAUACCGCCCCAGCGACCCCUGCAGGCCAAAGUCACUCGCAGCACGCGGACGGCACUGUGCCGCACAGCAAGAGUGCACACAAAGUCAUGCCACCAUUGGGGGUGGUUGUUUUAAGGGCAAACAACGCACUACACACAGUGUCCUUUCGAGCAAGAACAACAAUUGCUAUUCUAAAAGGUGCUUUGUGAUCAAUUUAUAG